UGAGCCUUCAGCCCACCACCAAGCCCUGUUUUAUUCAUCAAGUCAUACCUCGAUUCAUUCCACCUCGAUUCAUUCCACCUCGAUUCAUUCCACCUCGAUUCAUUCCACCUCGAUUCAUUCCAAUAUCCCCGCCACCACCAUGCCGGCAAUGCUCGACGAUCCAACUUCUCCGCCAAUCCUCCACAAGGUCGACAGAAGAGCACAAGAAUUCACACCGCAGCACGUGUCUUUGAAGAAUGGCUCAUCUGCAACUAUCCUCCCCUUCACUUCUUUGGACCAAGUUCCCCAAUCGUUGGUGGCUUUCCUGCAUACACAGCUCUCAGCCGAGAUCGAGGCCGGCGACACAUACCCGAUGCUUGAAGCACUGCCUUUGGAGGCAUUCGGUCCUUACUGGUUCGGCGUGUUUGGCGCAGUCGUGCUCCAGGGUGACUUCAAGAGCUCGGAAGACGUUAGAAACCUGGACGUAGACUGGAGUAAAAUAUGUUUGGGUAGUUUUUACACCAAGCCAAAUUACCCGGGGCGAAGUAGCCAUGUCUGCAACGCCGGGUUCCUGGUGACUAGCGCGGCAAGAAACAAGGGUGUUGGGAAGUUACUGGGCAGACAGUACCUGAAGUGGGCACCGCAGCUCGGGUUCACCUACUCAGUCUUCAACCUGGUUUACGAAACAAAUGUGGCCUCUACGAAGAUUUGGGACUCUUUAGGCUUCGAGAGGAUCGGGCGAGUCAAGAAGUGUGGAGUGCUGAAGAGCUAUCCUGGUAGGAAGAUCGACGCAAUUGUGUACGGAUACGACUUUGAAGAGCUUGCUUCAAGCGGUUGAACCUUCGACUACGUAAAUAACGUAGCUAGACGUUGUUUCUACCCACUCUCAAUUGGAAGCCUCAAACAAGCAUCCUCAGUCUCGUCACUUGAUCAGGUCGAUGAACACUUUUCUUACACCCAGAAAGAGGUCUGCCCG